AGAGAGAAAUCGAUAGUUAUUUCAUCGAUACAUUGAUUUUUCGAUAUUGAAAUUCGAUAUGUAUAUACGGGAUUUGCGUGCAACAUAACCUAUCGUUAAAUGCCACGUACUAUUUGUCUAAAAUCUACGUAUGUAGAAUCUCCCAAACAUCUUAUCGUGCAUCGUGACAUCGGUCUACGAACGAGAAAAUAACGAUAUAGCAAAAUUAUAUAUCGAGCAUAAUAUAUCGAUAAACGUAUAUAGCUAUAAUGGCUUACCAGAAACAUUUCAAACUCUUGUUUUGCGCGCUCGGAAUUUUUGUAUGUUAUUUUUACUUUGGCAUAUUGCAAGAGAAGAUUACACGAAGACAAUAUGGAGAUGGAAAAGACUGUGAAAAAUUUACAUACAUGUUUUCUUUAGUUUUCAUCCAGUGUUUAAUUAAUUACUUAUUUGCUAAGACUAGUUUAUUAACGAUCAUGAAGCAGGGCGAGGACAGUACUCCGAAAAUGUACUACGUACUCUGUGCCCUUACCUAUUUACUUGCUAUGGUAUGCAGUAAUAUGGCGUUACAAUUUGUUAGUUAUCCAACACAAGUAAUUGCAAAAUCCGCUAAACCGGUUCCCGUGAUGAUACUCGGUGUACUGCUGGGAAAGAAGGUUUAUCCAGUUAGAAAGUACUUGUUUGUCCUCUUAGUAGUGUUUGGUGUAGUUUUAUUCAUGUACAAAGAUGUUACUCCUGCAGUGAAAAAGUAUUCCGAGGGACAAACAGCGUUUGGUGAAUUUUUGCUGUUACUGUCGUUAAUAAUGGAUGGUUUACUUAGCGCAGUGCAAGAAAGAAUGAGAGCCGAGCACAAUUCCAAGUCUGGCCAUAUGAUGUUAAAUAUAAACGGGUGGUCUGCAGUGUAUAGCGGCAGUGUGAUUCUAGCUUCUAGAGAAAUAUUCGAUUUUAUUCAGUUUUUACAUAGAUACCCUUCUACUAUAUGGCAUAUAAUUAACUUUUGUAUAGCAGGUGCAUUUGGACAAUACUUUAUAUUUCUGACUGUUGCCGAAUUCGGUCCAUUACCAUGUUCCCUCAUAACUACGACUAGAAAAUUGUUUACAGUGUUAGGUUCAAUAGUUAUUUUUGGUAAUAACCUUAUAUACAGACAGUGGUUGGGUACGUUGUUAGUGUUUUCUGGAUUGUUUCUAGAUGCUAUGUACAGUAAAGACAAGUCACCCAGAAAAGAUGUAACAAAGUAGCAAACGAAUACAAGUACAUUAUCCGAGCGAUCAUGACUUUUAAAAUAAGAUAUAAGCUAUAUAUUAUAUAUUAAAUAUAUAAAUAAUAUAAAUAUAUUAUAAAAUAAGAUAUAAGCUGAUAUCUUGAUACGUGCAUACGCUAUUCGUGUUGUUACAGUGAGAAUAGAAUUUACAGACAUUAUGUUAAAUAUUUUGACUUGUUGAUUUCGCACACAGUGUCAUCAGCGUGUAUGGGUUUCUCCUUACAAAUGAAAUUUCAAAAGAACAUUCUGUAGACUUUAAUACUACACAUACGCCUCCCCUCCCACACACAAAAUGUGUGUGUGUGUGUGUGUG